AUGCGCGUCGAUGCGACGCUGCCCGGCAAGGCGCGCACGCAGGUGCGCGCGGCGGCCCAUGACGCGCUGGAUGCGCAGGCAGCUGAGGCCGCCGCGGCGGCUGCGGCUGCGGCCGCGGCGGCCGCUCAGGCGGCUGCAGAGGCGGCCGCGUGCCCGCAGGGCGCGGAGGAGCAGAUUGGCAGCACCGAAGGCGGCGUGCCGGCGGUGCAGGCGUCGGCGGGUGUGUUCGUGGGUGGGCACCAGGAUAGCGUGUCCCCAUGCACGACAGCGGUGGUAGCAGCCAGCCGGCUGUUUGUGCCGGCGGGGCAGCAGGUGGCUGUCGUGGGCUGCUCCACUGAGCAGCCGCUGCUGGCGCGGAUGGCGGGCGCGGCGGCCCAGCCGCGGGUGUCGGUUGUGCAGCAGCUGCCAAUGCAGCUGUCGCCUCAGCAGCAGCAGUCGCAGCUGGUGCGGGUGUCUUGCGAGGGGCCACGCCACCUGACACUGCCGCAGCAGCGGCAGCUGCUGCAGCGGCUGCAGCAGCAACAGCAGCAGGCGUAUGCCUUCGCCCUCAACGCAAGCGGGCAGCAGUUUGCGGGCAGCAAGAGGGCUACUGUGGGCCUGGAGGCGGCGGCAGGCGGGGGCUCUGUUCUGGAGCAGGGAGGUGGGAGCAGCCUCAGCAGCGGCGCGGCCGCGGGCGACGAGCAGGGGUCAUCCAUGGCCGCGGCAGCGGCGGCGGCGGCUGAGGCGCUGGCUGAGGCCCGGCGGCGCUCGCGGCGGAGCACGCUUGGCCGCUGGGGUGGCGGCGUGGCUGCGGCUGUUUGCUGCGGCGCGCUGCUCGAGCUCUGCCGGGCGCGCCCGCGCUGA